AUGCUGGAGAAACUUAAAGGUUCGCAGUUUCGAUUCAUUAAUGAGAAACUUUAUUCGUGUUCAAGUCAAGAGGCGCAGGAGUGGUUCGGCAGUGACAAAAAUCUAUGCGCUGCUUACCACGAGGGUUACAGAAUACAGGUUUCGAAAUGGCCGAUAGAUCCAUUGGAUUUGAUCAUUACGGACAUCAAGAAAAUGCCUCGUUUCUACAAAAUUGCCGACAUGGGUUGUGGCGAAGCGAGGUUAAGCCAGAGUGUCAAACAGAAAGUCCACUCCUUCGACUUCUGCCAGCUCAAUGAUCGAAUUACCCCCUGCGACAUAUGUCAUGUUCCACUUGCAGAUGAAUCAAUGGACAUCGUUAUUUUUUGUCUGUCGCUUAUGGGUACGAAUAUAACUGACCUUAUAAUGGAAGGUCAUCGUAUUCUGAAAAAGAAUGGGUUGUUGAAAAUAAUGGAAAUCAUCAGUCGUUUCGAGUCAGACGACGAAUUUGUGAUGGCCGUCGAAGGUGCAGGAUUUCAACUCAACCAGAAGGUUAGUACUUUUAUAUGGCUAUUUAAUGUUCGUGGCAGUGUGCUAUGUUUUAUUUAUUUACUUUAUGCUUUCUUUGCGACACGGUCAUUCAGUAUAUCGAUGUUAGUAGUUGAAUAGCA